ACGGGUCGGUGAGUCACCACCCUCAUUUCAAUUCAUUCAAUUCCAUUUCUCUUCCUCCCUUCCUUCUUCUUCUACUUCCAUUACCCAAAACUAAAAACUCUCUCUCUCUCUCUCUCUCUAUCUGUCAAAACCCCUAAUCAUCGAACCAAAUUCCAAUCCUUUUCAAUCCUCCCAUUCACAAAAGCAAACGGCCUCGAAAAACUGAUCAAAUCGUCGCGUAUUGAGUUGAUUAACGGCUCUGAUUCGAUCUAAAAUCUUUGCAUGUCGAGGUUCGUGGAUCGGUGAAGCUUUGGAUUAGGGCUGUGAUUCUGAAAUUUUGGGUUUUUGAAUUGGAUUGGAUUGGAUUUUGGAGCUCGGUGAAAAUUUGUGAGAAAAAUUAGGGUUUUUAUUUUGUAAAUUUUUUGGCGAAAUGGAUUCGAGUAGAAGAGCGGUGGAGUCGUACUGGAGGUCGAGAAUGAUCGACGGUGCCACGUCGGACGAGGACAAGGUGACUCCGGUGUACAAGCUCGAAGAGAUCUGCGAGCUUCUCAGAUCGUCGCACGUGAGUAUUGUGAAGGAGGUCUCGGAGUUUAUACUCAAGCGCCUCGAAAACAAGAGCCCCAUUGUUAAACAAAAGGCUCUGAGGUUGAUAAAAUAUGCAGUGGGAAAAUCUGGUGUGGAGUUUAGGAGAGAAAUGCAGAGACAUUCAGCAGCUGUUCGCCCGCUAUUUCACUAUAAGGGACAUCCGGAUCCUUUGAAAGGGGAUGCACUUAAUAAGGCUGUGCGGGACACUGCUCAUGAGACUAUUGCUGCUAUUUUUGCUGGGGAAAAUGAUAAGCCAUCUCCUGCUGAAGAUCUUAACAAAAGAAUACAGGGGUUUGGAAAUACAAACUACGAAAUGCCAUCAGAAGAAAGGAAAUCAUUUCUUAGUGAGGUAGUUGGUAUUGGAAGUGCCUCUAUCAAGCAGGGACUUAGUACUUUUGCACAAGGUCAUCUAUCAAAAAAGAAUGAAAAUGGAAGCUACAAGAGUCCAACAACUCUUCGGAGGUCAUUGACUAUUGAAUCCGAGCAUGGAGAUAGAUAUGAACCUGUUGAUUAUCGUAAUGAGAGUCAGGGUAGUUUUGGGAUUUCUAAGAAUGCGUCUAGUGGAUCUUGGAGCCAGGAUUCAAGAGUAACUAAGACCGAAAUAACUAAUGGGGAGUCUGGUCGAAGUUAUAGAGAAAGUAAGACACGUGAAGAGAGAUUGUUGGAGACCAUUGUAACAUCAGGUGGUGUACGUCUACAACCCACUCGAGAUGCUAUUCAGGUUUUCCUUGUGGAGGCUGCAAAGUUGGAUGCAUUGGCUUUAUGUUAUGCCCUUGAGUCAAAGCUUCAAUCACCUCAGUGGCAGGUUCGAAUGAAAGCCAUCUGUGUCCUUGAGUCAUUACUGAGAAAAAAGGAUGAUGAACAUUUUUCAACUGUGGAAUCUUACUUCAGUGAAAAUAAAGAUGUGGUGGUGAGAUGUUCUGAGUCUCCUCAAGCUUCUUUGAAGGAAAAGGCCAACAAGGUUUUAAACCUUCUGGGUGGAGAACAGGCAGGCAGUGCAGCAAUUUAUACAGAAAAAACCAAGAAGGCUGAUACUACUACCGUUGUUCCAAUGCCUGACUUAAUAGACACCGGUGAUCCAGAUGCUUACCAGGAAAAUUUUACAAAUAGUCAAAGUGAUCAAAAUAUCACAAAUCUGUCAACUCCACCUCCUUUGAUUGAUGAUUUAUUUGGAGAUGGUCCAGGCACUGGUGUAAGUGCUUCUGAAUCGAAAAAUGAUGAUGACCCCUUUGCAGAUGUGUCAUUUCAUGCUAGUGAUAGCGUAGAACAUGCAGAUGAUCUCUUUUCUGGGAUGAUUGUUGAUGAUAAACAGAGUGCUAAUGAAAAUCAUAUGGCAGAGAAGAAAAAUGGACCUGAACUAUUUGAUAUUUUUGGGUCCAAUCAUGAACUUCCUCAGGAGCAAGAAACUCAUAAAAAAGAUCUUAACGAUUUGAUGGAUGGUUUGUCCAUUAAUGAAAAUACCUCUAACAUGAAGCAGAAAGGAACCUCUCCAGUAGGUUUUCCUCAAAGUCUGUUCUCAGAUUCAAAUGGUCAUCCCAGCCAUCAGGUACCUAAUGAUGCAUUGAGUGGCAUGUUCAAUUCUCAAACGGCUAUGACGAAUGCAAAUGUCAUGUUUCCCCCUGGUGCCAUGCCAUACAAUAUAUCUCCUGGCUUGAUGAUGAAUCCUACCUUUUCUUCUCAACCUUUAAAUUAUGCUGCCAUGGGGAGUCUCCUUGCUCAGCAGCAAUUCCUUGCAACAAUGUCUAACCUCCAACACCUUGGGAACAUGAACACCCAAAAUGCUGGUGUCAGUCAUGUUGGGGGAACUAAUGGAGCAUAUGUGCCCGCCCUUCCUGACAUAUUCCAAUCAAACUUUCCAACUCAACAAGCUACCAGUACAAUGAUGAACAGUUCAAAGAAAGAGGAAACCAGAGCAUUUGACUUUAUCUCGGACCAUCUUAAUGCAGCUCGUGACCCAAAGAGGGUGGUUUGAAUCUUUGAGCUUAUGCUUCUUCAGAGACUGCUUUAGGACUUUGAUUAUGGCUUUACAGCGUGUAGAUUGAAGCAGGUUAUACAGUUACAUCAAAGAAGGCAUUAUUUUGCAAUAAUGGAACAUUUGCAAAUACUACUAGACAUGUUUCCAUGAUAAUUGCAUUGCAAGCGAGUCGAUGUGAAAUCCUGGAACUAAGAAGAAAAGAGAGUGGAAAUGCUUAUGGGAUUGUUGUAUUCAACAUGGAAGAAUGAGAGAAUGAUGUGUAGUUAGUUCGAUUAAUUAUUUGAAUCUGUAUUGCCAGCACUUGUUGGAUGUCUUUCUCUUUUGUAAUGCAUAUUUAGAGUGUACCCCGGCGCGUUCCAUUUUUUCUCUUUUAACUUUUUUUUACCCAAGAGGACUACUUAUAGUGCAUGCUUUUGAACCCAGAGAGUCAAUAAAACGCAGUAGAUUUUUUAUA